AUAUCGUGUUUCUAGUCUUAGUUUAAGUGUCUGAUGCAACAGCAUUUCCUGUUACAGUCAGUACUAGAAGUUGAUCGUUUUGAUGUGUUUACUAUUAAUCUAUAUAAAGGUUUCAUGUUAUUUGUAAGUACAUAUGAUGUAAUAACAUUUCUUUGUGUGUAACUGUGAACAACAGAGUCUGUUUGGGUGUUUUACUAAGAGUUAAAGCACAAUGCAAAUAAGAAACAAUAACAAAUGGCAGCAAGGACUCCAUUUUGUUUUGUAGCUCUAUGACUCCAAAUAAGUACGUCAUCAUUUUGCUAAUUUUCUGCAUAAUAUUCUCUUCAGCUGUGUUUUCCUAACUCUUUAGUCUUUAUAAUUCUGUUCAUUUAGGUAUGAUUGGUAACAUUUGGUGACCUUUUAAGAAGAGGUGUAUAUACAGACGCUUCAGUAUUAUGGGCUAUUGGUUAUGACAUAAAAUCUCAAAAUCAGUCUUCUCUUCAACAAUUCUUUAAUACAAAUGUUUUGACAGAAAUAUAAAUGUGAAAGUUACAUGGCGGGUGUAAUAAAUUUGGGCACUAAUACAGCCAUGGAUCCUCACCCAAGUGGAUCGUCACCUAAAGCUCCAGAUCGAAAGAUUGUACUGCUGGGAAAAGCUGGAGCUAGAAAGAACAGAGUAGCCAGAUUCAUCCUGGGAGACACAACGCUAAAUGAAGAGAGUGAAGAGUGUCUUUUACAUGAAGGUGAACAUGCAGGAAGGAGGAUCUGCAUCGUGAAUACACCAGGAUGGGACAGAGUUUCUAUAGAGUGCACUACAGAGAAAAUUAAAAAAGAAAUCAUCCGAAGUGUGACACUUUGUCCUCCAGAUCUCCAUGCUCUGGUUCUGGUGAUGCCCAUAAACGCUGAUGAUGAACUAUCUGUAAAUGAACUUAAAUCAGCAAGUCGACACAUGGAGCUGCUCUCUAAGAGGGUCUGGAAUCACACUGUGGUGCUUUUCCUGUGUGAAGGAGAUGUGGAGGAAUCCACAAUCAAAGAACACAUUCAUAAAGCAGAAAAACUCCUUGAAAAGUGCAGAGGCAGACACUGUGUUAUGCAUCUGAGUGACUCUGAAACCCAGGUCCAUGGACUGCUUGAAGAGAUAGACAGCAUGGUGGAAGAAAAUGCUCGUUAUAGCUUCCAGCCACAGGCUUCUGAUGAACAGAUGCAGAGCAAAAUGUCAUGCAAAGAAGCUACACAAAAGAAAACAAUUAAACAGCAGAGUGAAGAAAAAGUAGAAGAGAAAGAUGUGCCUAGGAAGAGACGUGGAAGCCUCCAAGGGUUAUAUCCUAGUAUGACUACAGAUACAGAAGAUUCAGAAAGACAAAGAGAGAGAACUGAGGCCAAAAAGAACAUAAAUCAGAACCAGUUGCCGUGGAAUUAUCUCAAACCCGUAGUAGUGAUCCUAAUGUCCUUCAUGGGUGCUCUUAUAGGCUCAGUGGCAGGAGCCCAGUAUGGAACAAUGGGGGCAGCUGUGGGGAUUGUCACUGGAUUUGUUUCACUACUGCUCAUUAGUUUGGGUCUGGUCAGUCUAAUACAAUAGUCAAGAUAUAUGAACUAAAUAGGGAUUCUGUCUGUCUUCUUUAAAUUGUACACUGCUAUUGCUGAGAUUGUGCAUUAUUUUUUUGCAUCAUGUGUGAAGUGACUGUCUGUGUGUGUUGCUACUGCGGUAGCAAAUGAAUAUUAUAUUAAUGUCAUUCAUGUUUUCCACAUUUAAAAAAAACAUUUGCAGAUGUAAAAUCUAACAUUUCAUUGGGGAUCUAGCAGGGAAAUGCAAAAUCAAUUUGGCAGAAAUUUAUAUAGAUAUUUUUUGUAUGAACUUUGUUUAUUGAUGUAUAUUUCAUUCAUGCUUAUAUUGUUGGAGCUGGUGAUACUUAAAAUUUGUACUUUGAUGUAAAAGGUGAUGUGUAUAUAUAUAUAUAUAUAUAUAUAUAUAUA